AUGGAUCCCCAGGCUGGACCUACAGACAUAGAAAGACUGGUAGCAUACAAGAAAGACGUCCUAUUCGAUAACCGCCGAGAAUCUCGAAUUCGUGAAAGCGUCGAACACACAUUACAAUACUUCUCAAAUAGAAGCUCAAGAGUAGACAACAUGGACAGCCUUCCACAAGGACAACAAAACUACGGCGGUGGAAUACAACAAACGAGGUCGCCGGCUCCAGAAUACAACAACGUAGAUUACUCGAACCAGGCACAGAUUCCAUAUCCACAGAUGUCUCGAUCGCCGUCACAAACAAGAUAUAUGGAUUCGAGGGCAGGGUCGAUAUCAAAUCAAAAGAUGCAGUAUGAUAUGAUGGGUGGUCUCGGGCGAAACAAUUCAGUGGGAAGUCAAAAUGGGCACAACACACCAGGAGGACAUCUACCACCGCGUGGAGACCUAUCGAAAGAAGAGAAGGAAAUCCAAUUUUCAGACUUCGAUUCAGAUGCUGCCAGCUCACACGGCAGCGCCCACGGCCACGGUCACGGUAAAGACGCAACUCACGACCAUCACGGCCAUGCUAUACCGGUAAAUGGAAAGCUCGCUUUUAGAGAUCGGUUAAAGCAUUUUACUUUCGCCUGGUAUGCUUGGACUAUGGCUACUGGUGGUGUUGCUUUUACCAUGUCCGCCAUCCCUUUCCGAUUUACCGGUCUCACUGGCCUCGGAACUGCCAUGUUCAUUCUCAACUUAUUCUUCUUCACCGGUGUUACAUCCCUACUCACAGCUCGCUUCAUCCUACACCCCGGAACCCUAUACCAGUCUCUCGUUAACCCCCACGAAGGCUUCUUCAUGGCCACCUUUUGGCUCACUGUGGCAACAAUGAUCACCAACUCAACUGCGUACGGAAUUCCAAACUCAGGCCCUUGGCUCGUAGAGGCUCUCAGAAUCGCUUUCUGGGUCUACACUGUACUGGUCUCAAUUGUCGCCGUCGCAUAUUACCACGUCCUGUUCACAGUAAAGGCUCUUGUCAUCACCAACGUCCUUCCCGGAUGGAUCUUGCCAAUUUUCCCUGCCAUGUUGGUAGGUACACUUGCCUCAGCCAUCGCCAAGUCACAAACUGCAGAACACGCCCUCCCUAUGCUUAUUUGCGGUCUCUCAUACCAGGGAUUGGGUAUGAUGUUGGCUCUUAUGAUGUACCCAAUCUACUUUGGACGUCUCAUGACUUCUGGUCUUCCUGCCGAUCAAUCGAGACCAGCCAUGUAUAUUGCUGUUGGACCUCCAUCUUUCACAGCCCUCGCUUUGAUUGGUAUGGCUCAGGAUGUCAAGAUUACAAAGAUCUUCUCAACAUAUUUGAAGCUUCCUAACAUUGACAACCCUGGAAUGAUUGAGGAUCUCUUCCAACUCUUGGCCCUCCUCGCCGCCAUUGCUCUCUGGGUAUUUGCCGCUUGGUGUUUCUGUAUCGCCAUUGUUGCUAUGUUUGAGGCCAUCCACCGAAACAAUUUCCAUCUCAACUGGUACGCCAAAGUUUUCCCUAACGUGGGAUUUACUCUUGCUACAAUCAAUAUCGGUAAGUCCACUCAAUCUUUCAAGCAUAUGGCACAUACUAAUUUUCCUACAGGUACCCGAUUAAACUCUUCAGCCAUUUUGAUGGUUGGAACGGCCAUGGCCGUCAUGCUUUUCUUUGCUUAUCUACUUGUAUUCUUCUGUCAUAUUAAGGCAGUAAUUAAACAUGAUAUCAUGUGGCCAGGAAAGGACGAGGACGCUCACUGA